AUGGAAGAACUGACGAGAGAGAACUCAUCGACGAAUCUGCUGCCGGAAAAUGUGUCGAAUAUGCUCGAAGGGACGAUGAAUAAAGCUUCGAAAACACUUUUUGGAAAUGUCGAGACGAAGAAAUCUUAUCACAUCUACGAUAACACCCUCAGUUCGCUUCCGGUCAACAAGAGUCAAUCUUCGCUCAGCUUGCAGAUGAUGCUCUACUUCGACGCAAUCUUCUUCAUCGUCUGGUCCAUCGCCAGUAUCGUCACCAUCAUCCGCCGUGGCCAAGGCGAAGGUUACCCUGAUGGCUACCUAAACAGCGCUUGGUACGUCAUUCUCAUCGCCGCCUGUGCGCUCUUCUUCAUCAUCAACCCUGCUCGAAUCUACCUCGGCUACAUGGCGAAUGUCACAGAAUCCCUUCCUCACAUUGCCAGCUUUCUCUUCCUUUCAAUUUUCCCAACAGUCGUCGUGGCACUCAUUACUUUCGUUCCAAACUUCUUCCCGAGCUCGAUUUGUAAGGUCGGGGAUGAUGGCUUGAUCGAUGAUUUGAGAUGCAGACCGUGGGGAAAUACUGUUGCUCAAGGAAUACAGGUUUCGUUCAUCCUCGCCGAAGUAGUCCUCUCCUACCGCGCUGGGCGGCGAAUGUCCCAGCAUCGCGAAGAGACAGCUGAUUUGUACCGCUUCAUGGACGUUACCAAAAUGGAUCCUUUACUGCCAGACUCAAAGAAAUUCCACUGA